CACACACACACACACACACACACACACACACACACACACGCGCACACAAAGACUCUUCAUAUAUGCCUUCCCUUCCACCCGUCCCUCCACACCUACCUGAAGCUUCUUUCUACACCUGAUCCAUCAGUCUGAACUGUCAUGAGGACACUGUUGCUGCUGGGGGUGUGGGCUUUGUGUCUAUGUGUGUUUGUCGCCACUGACACACAACCUAAAGGACAGGAAUACGACUUAUCCCCUGAGAAGGAUGAGGUUUUACAGCUGACGAAAGGAAAUUUCAAACGGGCACUGAGAAAAUAUGAGCAGCUGCUGGUGUACUUCAAUGCUCCUCUGACUGUAGAAGGCCAUCGGGUCUCAGAGGCAUUUGAAGGAGCUGCUGCAGAGCUUCAGGGCUCGGAGGUCAAACUGGCAGUGAUUGAUGUGAAAAAUGAGAAGAACCUGGCUGAAGAACUAAAUGCAACAGACCACACUAUCAGGCUGUACAUCUCUGGAGAUAAAUACAACCCUGUGUCCUGUCCUGCUCCUCAGAGUGCAGCCUCCAUCUUGACCUGGCUGAAAAGGAGAGUGGGGUCUGCUUCGGACCUCAUUACCGAUCUGAGCCAAAUAGAAGCCAGAGAGGAACUAACAGUGGUUGGAUUCUUCAAGGAGCUGAACCAGGAGUACAUCCAAGUGUUCUACGCUGCAGCAACUGACCUUCCUGAUGUUAAUUUUGCUGUGACACAGAACAUCGAAGUUAUCAGCAAAUAUGGUCUCACAUAUGACACUAUAUUUCUGCUUAAAAAGUCUAAGCUCACCCAGGCUUAUAAAAUGAUGCCUCAGACGGCUAAAGAGGAGCUCAUCGUUUUUAUCACUGUCUACCAGAUGGAUCCCGUCACUGAGUACACUGGAAAGACAGCCCCUCAGAUAUUAACAUCACCUGUGUUAAACCACGCUCUGCUGUUCAUCAAAGAAAGCUCUGCUGAUUUCAAAGAGAUCCACUCUGCAUUUCACAACACUGCAGAAGCGUUCAGGCUAAAGAUUUUGUUUAUUUGGGUCAACGUUGAGGAGCCACGUAAUGGCAGGAUGAUGGAGUAUUUCCGGGUUCGGGAUUUUGAGGCUCCUCUCAUUCGACUGGUCAACCUGACAGACCAUAUAACCUACCACCUGCCCUCUGAAACUCUGGACGCAGAAACCAUUAAAACAUUCUGCCAAUCCUACCUGGAGGGCACUGCUAAGCCUAAGAUGCAGAGCGAGGAGAUACCUGAAGGAUGGGAGGAGCAGCCGGUGAAGGAGCUGGUGGGAAUGACACUGGAGGAAGUGGCCUUUAACCCCAACAAGACUGUUUUUGUCCUCUUCUAUCUUCCUUACAGUAAAGCGUCCCACGCUGUGUUUCCUCUGUGGGAAGAGUUAGCUGAGGCCUUAAAGGACCGAGAGGACAUGGUCAUCGCUCGCAUCGAUGCCUCGGCUAAUGUCAUCAACAUGUCGAUGCUGGGCUCGUACCCAUCUCUCUGCUUGUUCCCUGCUCUGUAUGCUGAAAGGGUGGUGGUUUACACUGGUAAAAGGAAGCUGAAGGACCUGAUUAAGUUUAUUGAUGAAGAGAUGGAGGAAGCCAAAAAAUACAAAGUUCUGGAGGAUGAGGACAGGAGGAAGUACAUGGAGGCCCUGAAAGCUGAAGAGGCAAAAAAAGCCCAAAAAACCAAAGAGGAGCUUUAAUCCAAAAACAAAGAGAGUAAAG